UUUCACCUUGUUCGCUCAAUCACUGGCUUGAAAAGUGGAUUUGUAGUUCAUUUGUCACUGCGAACCGACCAGGUUAUCAUUACUUUACUGGUCCAAGCGCGCGCACGCGGCACCUCUGUGCACCAGAGCGCGCAAUGUGGCAGACGGUCCUCACUGAUGUCUGUGUUUUUGUUGACUAUUCCACAGCUAAUACAGAGAAUCGGGCUUCUAGCGCAGCGCCAGGCUGACUUCAUUGGGCCUUUGGCCUGUCCAUGUCUCUGUUUUCAUUUGGUGUCUUAUCACCGAGCUUUGUGACUUUCAAGCAAGAAAUAUUAGUCACAUAAGGCUUCGUGUCCUGUACGCCGUUUGGGCGUGCACUCAGGGUCCUGGGGCUUCCUGUGUAGAGAGGAAUGCUGUCUCCCUCUCUCUAUCUCUAUCUCUCGUUCCCUCUCCCUCCCUCAAUAUGGGUGGGGCGCAGCGGAGACCCCCUUUCAAUAGGAAGCAAAAGGUGGCUGUGCCUUUAAGAAGCUGUCGGCGCACCUUCUGCUUGAACCGACGAUGCAACCCGGUAACUUCUCACAGUACUGGACCUACAGUACCGAAGAGAGACGCUGAACGACAACGGUCAGUUUCAUAGACAGGUAAUGGAUCCAGUGUGACUGUUAAGCACCAUCUGCCCAGCUGGCCCGUCUAACUCUGUAGCUAUGGCAACUUGUGUGAGAGGAUGUGCACCAGUGGUGCGCCUUUGUCAGAGACUAAACCGACUCAAGACACUAGAUGAUGACAUGAUGGCCACAUCACUGAAACGGUGCCUCUCCACCCUGGAUCUCACUCUGAUGGGUCUUGGUGGCAUGGUUGGCUCUGGGCUUUAUGUUCUGACAGGAACAGUGGCUAAAGACAUGGCUGGGCCUGCUGUCAUCAUAUCCUACCUUUUUGCAGGUAUUGCUUCUUUAUUGGCUGCCUUUUGUUAUGCAGAGUUUGGAGCACGUAUUCCCAAAACAGGCUCUGCCUACAUGUUUACCUACGUCUCUGUGGGAGAGAUCUGGGCUUUUCUUAUUGGUUGGAAUGUGAUUCUGGAAAACAUGAUUGGUGGCGCUGCUGUGGCACGUGCUUGGAGUGGCUAUCUGGACUCCAUUUUUAACCACGCUAUCCAGAACUUCACAGAGACGCACAUUAUGCAGUGGAACGUGCCCUUCCUUGCCCAUUACCCUGACCUCCUUGCAGCAGGGAUUCUAGUAGUAGCUACAUGCUUCAUUUCCUUUGGAGUUCAAGUGUCAUUUUACCUCAACCAUAUCUUCUCCACCAUUAGUAUGGGUGUCAUUGUUUUCAACCUGGUCUUUGGCUUUGUGCUGGCUGACCCAGCCAACUGGAGCCAGAAAGAAGGAGGCUUUGCACCUUAUGGGCUGUCUGGAAUACUGGCAGGUUCAGCCACUUGCUUUUACGCAUUUGUGGGCUUUGAUGUAAUUGCAUCCUCAAGUGAGGAAGCAAAGAACCCACAGAAAGCUGUUCCCAUUGCCACUGCAGUCUCUCUUGGACUGGCAGCAACAGCUUAUAUCCUGAUCUCCGCAGUGCUCACACUAAUGGUACCCUGGCACACACUGGACCCCAACUCAGCUCUGGCAGAUGCUUUCUUCCGCCGUGGUUACAGUUGGGCUGGAAUUGUUGUGGCAGUAGGUUCCAUCUGUGCCAUGAACACUGUGCUGCUCUGUAAUCUCUUCUCCCUCCCUCGGAUUGUGUAUGCUAUGGCAGAGGAUGGAUUGUUGUUCUCCAUUUUUGCACGUGUCAACCCCGUCACCAAAGUUCCUGUCAAUGCUAUUGUGGUGUUUGGAAUCCUCAUAGCCACCAUGGCUCUAAUUUUUGACCUGGAGGCCUUGGUUCAGUUCUUGUCCAUUGGCACUCUUCUGGCUUACACCUUUGUGGCGGCGAGUGUUAUUGUGCUGCGCUUUAAGCCUGAGAAAACCAGCUCCAAGGGAACCGCUUCCACAUCCCCCAACCCCAAUACUGAGCCUUCCCUUGCCCACUCAGAGUCUCAGACCAUAACUGAAGAGAGCGGGGAGCUGAAGCAGUACGAAUCCUUCUCUGAUAAACUCCAGUUGGUAGAAAGGCAGAAAACAAGAGAGCAGUGUGGGGUGGGGCAGCUGAAGGCCCGGUGGGAGCCGUACCUGGGCAGGCUGAUGGGGGACUAUGAACCAGGCGAGGUGGUGGCCUACUGUGUGCUGACUCUGAUGGUGAGCUCAGUUUCCUUCUGUGCUGUGCUGGAAUUUGGAAAUGUACAGUUGCAGCUGCCAGUCUGGAGCUUUGCAAUACUGCUGGUGAUUUUUAGCCUAGCUCUCGUUCUCAGCCUGGCAAUCAUAUGGCUUCAUGAGCCACAAACCCACAGAAAAACAUUCCAGGUACCUCUGGUUCCACUGACUCCAAGUGCCAGUAUCCUCAUUAAUGUAUUCCUCAUGAUGAAGCUCAGCACUCUAACCUGGAUUCGAUUCACUGUAUGGAUCGCCAUAGGUCUCUUGGUGUAUUUUGGCUAUGGGAUCUGGCACAGUAAGGAGGGCAAACGGGAGCUGCAGCCUAAAGACAUGGCUGCCCGGUACGUGGUACUACCCAGCGGCAGUCUGGUAGAAACAGUGGAAUCUGUCCAGCCCGACGGUCAAGUGGACACCUCGGCUCACCACAUCAACGCCUCCACUGCCUCAGCAGCUGAGGAGUAUGCAGGAAAGAGAUGAUGUGGGAUCAUACAUGAUCAUCAUUACUACUGCCUGGUAUUGUCUGUUGUCUCCCACUCAUAUGCUAUACUAGUGUACUCUCUCUCUCCCUGUACUUAUUGCUCUGCAAAUGUAAGCACAACAGGAUGGGAUGCAUGCCGUCUGUCUUGCUGUGAAGCAUAUUUGUAUAUCUUGUGAUACUUGAAUGUACAGUAGACAGUUCUGUUACUGUCCUGUAAGCACCUAGCAUCAAAGUUGUGUUAUAACCUUUAAGACCAGCGCUAUUCUUUCCAGUUUAUUAGAAUCCAUGUUUUUGUAGAUUAUAUGGUGCUUUCUUUGUGGCACACUAUACUUUUAGUUAUCUAUACUCAGUGGAUGAUUUUUGAAAAAGAAUUUGACAUGGAUCUUGAGCUGGAAAAUCAACACUCACUAAAAGUGUAAUUCUGUUGUUAACAAGAUAGAAGUCAUCUCACAGCAUCUUUGAAGAGAUCAACUUAAGGAGAAUUGAUUUGUUGCAUUUUGUGGUCUAAGCACAGACCUUUGCCCUGUAGUGGCUUCUGACAAAUUAUUUAUUCCAAUAUUUAAUAUAUGUAUUUAUUUUUCUGUUGCUAGGCUCCUAGUCAUAGUUUAUACAGAUCUCAUUCCCUUCAAUUUUUUUUGUUUUCUGUUCCUGAUAUUGUCAUUGUUGAUGUGUUUGUUAUAUGAAAAACCAUUGUUUUGCAUACCUGUAUUAAGGGCACUGCACAAAGGCGGCAUGUGACGUGCGUCAUUGCAGGUUGACACAUAUCACAUGACGAGCCGCGACACGAUGAGGCGCCACCUGUGUGUGGUACCCUUUAGUCUCAUUAGUUCACUUCAGUGCUUCGCUUAAUCUUCUAAAUGUCCUCUCAUGACCUUAUUCUCUUUUGUGUCACUCAUCUUUUGUGUCUGCACCUGUACAGCUUUUUCUCACGCACCUUUAGACAGCCAUCCUUUCAUGUCUCUCUGUUAGGAUGAGAUUAUAAGAAAUCAAAGCAAAUUGAGAGAAUGAUACUAUUGGAUAAAAUGAUUAUUCAUAUAGAUGCUACAAUCCAGAACUCAUGUUGAGUAAAUCUUAGAUAUAAGAAUAAAUUAAAUUAUCAACAAUAAGUCAAGUAUAAACCUAUUGAAUGGGAAUCUACACACACAGAGGAUAGAAUAUUGGUUGUUAUUGCAUAUUAAACCUGAGCUGGCCCUUUGUGAUCCCAGCAAAUUUGCAGCAAUGCCUGUCAACAGUCUGAAGCUUGACCUACCGUAGAUUAGAAAUUAGGCAUUCAUGUGAGAAGACACUCCUCUUAUACAGAUAACAUUCCCACAGCCUGGUGUAAGUAAAUGAACACUAGGUUUUGUUUAUAUCAUGAAUUGAAAUUCUUAUUCUGUUUUUCUUUUUAUUCCUUCAGUUUGCGUUUGCAUGUGGUACAUGAUAAACCAGUGGCCUUAAACAUGUAAUUAAUGCAAACUGGCUUCCAAAGCUCACAUCUGAAUGGUUAUUUGAUUUAUUUGUCUGUUAGAUAUAACUUUGUUUUCUAAUUAUUAAACCAAAACACAAUCAUGGAAGAGAAUGUAUAGCAGAGGGCAUUUUGGCAUAGUUACUAAAAGGAGUCAGAUUCAAGAGACUUUUGUACAACUUUGCACACCAUUUAAAAACUAGUG